AUGGACAACAGGGUGGUGUUUCGUCUUCUUGUUGAAUUAAUACUGAUAGGGAAUUUUGCAACUGCAUAUGAUAACAUUGCAUUACGUAAGUUUGCAUGGCAGCAGUAUCCUUAUACAGGCCGUCCAUUAAACUUUGCGAGGGCUUACAAAGCUGUAGAUGGGCUGUAUUCUAACCGGUCUGUCUUUGGAGGACAGUGUACGAUAUCGGGAAAUGCAGAGAGAACUGCAACCUGGACGGUUGAUCUAGGAAGAAUACUUAGUAUACAUCAUAUAACUAUAUACUUUAGGACGGAUGAUAUCCCGUGGGACGAAAAUAAUGCAUACACGGAACGCUUGCUUGGUUUCUCGGUUUACAUCUCAAACACAUCCGACAAAUUUGAUGGCUAUCUAUGUUUUAAAGACACGAAGUACACCAAGACUACAGUACCGAAUACUACUACAAUAGAAUGUAUAAACCACGGACAGUACGUCAUCUACUACAAUGAGAGACUUCCUGGAGUUACCUACCCUGUUGGAUAUUCCCAUUUCGCAUAUAGCGAUCUCUGUGAACUUGAAAUUUAUGGAUGCCCUACUACAGGUGUUUAUGGAGAGAAUUGUACCUUACCGUGUUCACAGAGUUGCCAGGAGAGACAUUGUAACAUUUUGGAUGGGGCUUGUCUUGGAUGUCUUACCGGAUACAAAGGACCACGAUGUGAAGAACAAUGUGAUAAUUAUAAAUACGGCUUUGAGUGUACCUUUACAUGCGGUAACUGUAGCAACGGAGAACAAUGUCAUCACGUGAAUGGAAGAUGUACAAACGGAUGUGACGUUGGGGCUCAAGGAUAUACAUGUGACGAAGCUUGUCCCUUUGGUAGACAGGGAAAGAAUUGUGUUGAGGUCUGUAAACCAAACUGUAGAGGAGGCUGUAACAGAUUCACUGGUGUCUGUCAGUCUGGUUGUUACCCUGGAUGGAAGGGAACGUUCUGUGAAGAUGAAUGUGAUGAGUUGUAUUAUGGUGCACACUGCAGUACCUCAUGUGGCUUCUGUCUGAAUUCCGAACAAUGUCAUCAUAUCAAUGGAACAUGUUUUGAAGGAUGUGACAGGGGAUUUCAGGGAGAAAAAUGCACUGAAGCAUGUCCUGAAGGACUCUUUGGCUACAACUGCCAGGAGACAUGUGACAUCAAUUGUGGAGUCCCUGGUAGAUGUAACAGAGUAACAGGACAAUGUGAAGGAGGAUGCCAACCAGGGUGGAAAGACACUAAAUGUGACCAAAAAUGUGACGGUGGUACGUUUGGACAGAACUGUACUCAGCCAUGCGGGGUUUGUUUUGGAAAAGAACAGUGUCAUUUUAUAAAUGGAACAUGCUUGAAUGGCUGCGAUAAAGGUUAUCAAGGAAUCAAGUGUACACAGGCAUGCCCUGACGGACGUUAUGGAUACAACUGUCAGGAGACGUGCAGCAUGAACUGUAAACGUUCAACGACAUGUGAUGUCAUUUCAGGACAAUGUAGUGUGAUAGGACAACCAUCAGAGUAUGAUACAGACAGUCAGUGCUAUCCAUCUCUUUAUGGAGUAGUUACCACUCUUUGCUUAAGCAUUGCUUUAAAUAUCUUUUUCGUAAUCUGUUUCAUUAGAAAUAGAGCAUGUAAAGGACAGAGUCAAGAAAAGAAAAAUACGAAACAGUUGUCAACAGAACACACACCAUAUAACACAGAGCUUUAUGACAAAGUGGAAGACAACGCAUGCUAUCAGGAACUGGGUCAAAUAAGUCAACUUUCCCAUUAUGACAAGUUACAUUAG